CCCAUCUCUCACUAUAUAACAUCUGCUGUCACUCACUCGUCGUCAGUCAAACAAGAACGACACCAUGAAAUCACUCCUUAUCAUUCUUGUCUUCGUGCUCGGGACGUGCGCGAAGAAGUGGCCAAGGAUCACACUUUACUCGAAACCUAACCAGCUUGGAUAUACCAAGUGCUACCCUGAAAGUGUCUCAGACCUGUCCCUCGACAACUUCGACGACACCACCAGCAGCGUCGUGCAGACUGGCGUAUGGAUUUUCUACGAGAACACCAACUACAACAGGGAUCCUGGAGUGGUUUUAUUUUCCUAUGGUAUCAAUGCAAAAUUUAACAUCCCCGCUAAGCACCAUGGCAAGAUUUCCUCAAUAAGACUGGCCAGCAGCCAUAAUGAGAUGGACGCGAUAUCGUUCUACGAGGGUACGGAAUUCACUAAGAAAGACCUGUUUACGACUAAAAGCUUAAAAGACUUGAAUUACUUGCAUAACAGGAUCUCUUCAAUGAUAGUCACUGGAAAGAUGCAGUGGACCAUCUACAGUGAGACGGGCUUCAACGGACACUGUUUGUGUUUGUACAGCUAUGAAUCUGUUGGGAAUGCUAAUGGUGACAUCCUCCAUGUCGGCUUCUAUCCUACUACAUAUGACUUCGGCCCGCUUGAUGACAGCGUCAAAUCAGUGAGGUUAGGCUGCCAUUGCGAUCGCAGACCCGCUGUUCCCGAUCUAGGAGAUGCAAUCAUCAGGCCUAACGGAGUCAUGAGGAUGUUCUCUCCUGCUGGAGAUCAUUGCCUUCAUUAGACAGGAGCCGCCCAACGUAUAUAUACGUUGUAUACGUAUAGACUCAAACUAUUUACAAUGCAAGUUCUGUAAGACUGAUAGAUAGCAUCAGAAACUGAAUUUUCAGAUAAAAUUAACGAGUUUCAAAGUCAUUUAUGUGAUAAUGUAGCCUGUAUGGAUGAAUAUCAGCGGCUUCAUGUUAAUAGAUAUGCAGAAAAAAAACCUUGUGGCGUAUGUUUCCAAAACCUCUCAGGAGUGUAAAGCGGAUAAAGGGCGUAUUCCUCCCUCGUGGUGUUCCUCAUGCUCAUGCCCUGCCGGAUGUGAAGAUACCUGAUGGUUUGUUGCUAUGAUACCAACGUUAAUAGAAGUGUUACAAUCAAAGACAUCAUAGCUACAUGAUAUGUCUGCCAAUAUCGAAGAGGUGUGAGACGCCUCGCACAGCACUUUACCCUGUAGCAGGUACUGCCUCAUUGCUUAGCUGUUUUAUUAAAACACCGAGGGUUAAAAGACAGCUUUUGAAAUUGUUCAAUUCUACUCUCUAUAGGGAUAGACUUUUCUCGCCACUUGCGGUUUUCCCUUGUUUCGGAGCCUUCAGUGAUCUGUGAAUAAGAGAACAAUCUAAAGAUGUCACAAGAACAAAACCUAAUGAAACUUGUUUGUUUUG